GAGAGCAGCGAGCCUUCGUCUUCGUCUUCUUAUCUAAAACCCUCCCGCGUCGGGGGAGCUCCAUCAUCCAAAACCAUGUCUUCUUCGCUCUCUUCUCUCCAAUUCAAAUUCCUGCAUCUCUCCCCCAACCUCGCCUCUCCUCACUUCCAACCUCCGCUCCCGCCUCACCAGCCCAUCGACUUCGGCCGCCGGACCAAGCUCGAGCUCAGAGCGUCGUCGUCGUCGUCCUCCUCCUCCGCCUCGAAGCCGCCGCCGCAGCGGCCGAAGAAGAGACGGAGCGCGAGCGACGCGGACCGAGGGAUCGAUCCGACGGGAUUCCUCACCAAGCUGGGCAUCUCCCACAAAGGCUUCGCUCAGUUCCUUCGCGAGAGGCAUAAAGCACUGAAGGACCUCAAAGAUGAGAUAUUCAAUCGUCACCUCAAUCUCAAGGAAAUGGCCUCUGGAUUUGAGAUAUUGGGUAUGCAUCGUCAUGUGGAACAUCGGGUAGAUUAUAUGGAAUGGGCUCCAGGUGCUCGCUAUUGUGCCCUUGUUGGUGACUUCAAUGGCUGGUCACCAACUGAAAAUUGUGCUAGAGAGGGUCACGUUGGCCAUGACGACUAUGGUUAUUGGUUUAUCAUUCUCGAAGAUAAGCUAAGGGAAGGAGAAAAGCCUGAUGAGCUUUACUUUCAGCAGUAUAACUAUAUAGACGACUAUGACAAAGGUGACAGUGGUCUUACCAUAGAAGAGAUCUUCAGAAAGGCAAAUGAUGAAUACUGGGAACCUGGAGAGGAUCGUUUUGUGAAAAAUCGAUAUGAAUUACCAGCAAAGUUAUAUGAACAGUUAUUUGGGCCAAAUGGGCCUCAAUCAAUAGAGGAAUUGGGAGAAAUACCGGAUGCUGAGACGAGAUAUAGAGCUUUCAAAGAAGAGCAUAAGGAUGAUCCGCCUGGCAGCCGACCUCCAUUUGACGUUAUUGACAAUGGUAAAAACUAUGACAUUUAUAACAUAGCGGGCGAUCCUGUUACCUAUGAAAAGUUUAAAGCUAAGAAGCCACCAAUAGCAUAUUGGUUAGAGACGCGUAAAGGGAGGAAAGCAUGGCUAAAAAAGUAUGCUCCUGGUAUUCCUCACGGAAGCAAAUAUAGGGUAUACUUUAAUACUCCUAGCGGACCAUUGGAACGAGUUCCUGCUUGGGCUACUUAUGUACAGCCAGAUGCAGAAGGAAAGCAAGCUUUUGCUAUUCAUUGGGAACCACCACCUGAAUGUGCCUACAAAUGGAAAAACCCUAGCCCGAAGGUGCCAGUGUCUCUGCGUAUAUAUGAAUGCCACGUUGGAAUUAGUGGAUCUGAGGCAAAAGUAUCUUCCUUUAAUGAAUUCACUGAGAAGGUUCUUCCUCACAUCAAGGAUGCUGGUUAUAAUGCAAUCCAAUUGAUUGGGGUAGUUGAGCACAAGGAUUAUUAUACUGUUGGCUAUAGAGUGACGAAUUUUUAUGCCGUGAGCAGCCGAUUUGGUACUCCUGAUGACUUCAAGCAUUUGGUUGAUGAAGCACAUGGUCUUGGAUUGUUGGUCUUUUUGGAUAUUGUCCAUUCCUAUUCAGCUGCAGAUGAGAUGGUCGGUCUCUCACUGUUUGACGGUUCAAACGACUGUUACUUUCAUACAGGUAAGCGAGGACAACACAAAUAUUGGGGUACCCGAAUGUUCAGAUAUGGAGACCCUGAUGUUCUGCAUUUUCUUCUAUCUAAUCUAAAUUGGUGGGUUGUUGAGUAUCAUGUUGAUGGUUUCCACUUCCAUUCUCUCUCAUCAAUGAUGUACACGCACAACGGUUUUGCCUCUUUUACUGGAGACUUUGAAGAGUACUGCAAUCAAUAUGUUGACAGGGAUGCAUUGAUGUACCUCAUUUUGGCAAAUGAAAUACUCCAUGCUCUUCAUCCAAAUAUAGUGACAAUUGCUGAAGAUGCGACAUCUUAUCCAGGUCUGUGUGAGCCAACUUCGCAGGGUGGAUUGGGAUUUGAUUAUCAUGUCAAUUUAGCUGUAUCAGAGAUGUGGCUGUCUUUACUUGAAAAAAAUCCAGAUCAGGAGUGGAGCAUGAGUAAGAUUGUCAGCACAUUUAUUGGUAACCGACACUAUGCUGAUAAGAUGCUAAUUUAUGCGGAAAACCACAAUCAAUCCAUAUCUGGAGGACAGUCAUUUGCUGAGAUACUUUUUGGUAAAAUCAGUGAGCAUUCUUCUGGCUCAAGAGAUCUACUACUUCGAGGCUGUUCAUUGCACAAGAUGAUCCGACUAAUAACAUUCACAUUAUGUGGACAUGCUUUCCUCAACUUCAUGGGUAACGAAUUUGGACAUCCGGAGAGGGUUGAAUUUCCGAUGCCAAGCAACAACUUCUCCUAUUCCCUGGCCAAACGGCGCUGGGAUCUGUUGGGAAAUGGAGUGUAUCAAAAUUUGUUUUCCUUUGACAAGGACAUGAUGAAGUUGGAUGAGAAUGAGAGGGUGAUUUCUAGAGGUUUUCCAAAUAUCCAUCAUGUGAAUGACUCCAGCAUGGUGAUUUCUUUUAUACGAGGUCCUCUUCUCUUUGUAUUUAACUUUCAUCCAACUGCUUCCUAUGAAAGAUAUGUGAUAGGCGUGGAAGAGGCUGGAGAGUAUCAAGCAAUACUAAAUACAGAUGAAAAGGACUAUGGAGGACAAGGGCUUAUAGAGGAAAGCCAGUAUCUCCAGAGAACCAUUAGCCGACGAGCUGAUGGCUUGCGGAAUUGCUUGGAAGUGCCUGUACCAAGUAGGACUGCCCAGGUGUACAAAUUGAAACGGAUCUUGAGGAUAUAAAUAUUAUAUAACUUUCUCAACAAGAGUUCAUUCGGAGGUUGGAAAGGACAAAGAAAUGCAAUUUUGCAAAGCUAAUUUUGAAACACAAGAAGCAGGCGAGAUAAAAACACUGCUUGGCAUGUCAGCUCUGAAAGAUUACUUGCCCUUUUGACUUGCGUCAAUGCUAGUUGCUGGAACAUAAAACUGUGACAGAAUAUAAUUCCAAUUGAGGUAUAAGGUGGAAUUUUAGUCUAUUCACCUUAGAAAUUUUUGCCGUCCUCUUUCAAGGAAACAGAUCAAACUUUUUCUGGCAUGGGCAGCCUGGAGUAGUGAAAGUGUCAGCUCUCACAACAUGUGGAAUCACUAAGAAUCGGAGUGGCAUCAGGGCAGACCAUUCAGAAUCUAAGGCCCUCACUCCCUUUUUUUUUUUGGAGAUCGCGACCCUUACUCCGUUUGGUGUCUUGCAGAGGAACGUAUGUGGUUGGUCUAGAUCUCUCUGACAGAAGACCGUAGAAAGAUCAUCCAUUGUCUUCUUUUUGGCUCCUUCAUUUGAUCAUGUAUAUCCAUUACCUUUUACAUGACUGUUUUUUUUAAAGACAAAAUUUGACACAAGAGGGAGUUUGUAUUGUAAUUAGCGAACCAUUUAAAAGGAGCAUGAGAUUAUUGUAUUAGGUCGUCCUCAAUGCUGUAAGAGAUUGCGUCUAUAUGUGAGCAACAGGGGCAUGGCAAUUGGAUUGAGCUGGUGGAAUGCAUCGUCCUGUGAAUCCUCCUGAUCUAAUGAUGGCCGCUUGAACAUUGCGAUCAGUAACUUGCUAACUUGUCCACGAAAUUUCUGUGCUGGAGCGACACGGGUGGCUUCACCAUAGCUUCUUGUGUAGGGCUUGAUUGAGCGGGUGAUUCAAGAUUUGUCGGAUGGCAUGUGAAAGGUCAGCCACACAAUCUGCCAUUUGAGAUCCAUACAAGAAUAAGGGGGGAGACAAUGUCAGAGUUCUGGUCCGAGUGGCGUUAAAUUUGGAAGCCUUUUAGGAAGAUUUGUCAAGUCUAUGCCAUCAAUCUUUCUGCCAUUCGUCCUGCGCCUCCAAUUUGGUAGUGGAUUUGUCCCUUCAAAUGUUGAAAUUCAAAUUAUCAAAGUUCUGUCUAAUAGAAAUAAAAAAAAUUCGUGUCGGAGAUACUCGUCAAA